CCUUUAUUGGUGUACAGUCCCAUGAGUUUCAACAUAUGCAAUGACUCUUCUAAACUAUCACUAUUAACAGGAUACAAAACAAUUCCAACACUCCAAAAAGUUUCCUCAGGCUACCCUUUUGUGAGUCCGGUUUCUGGCCAACCCCUGAUCCGUCUCAGACCCUGCUCCAGGUCACACUCCUCACUGUACAGAACCUAAACCGGAAUGGCUGAUACUAGGUUAAAUGUGUUUUUUGUUUGUUUGUCGUCGUCCCCUCCCCUCCCCCAUGGCUGAAGUGGACUCGGUGUCACAUCCGUUUGUGAACUCUGGCUACCGGCCCCUUUGAAUUCAGUUCACGCUGGACACUUUUCCUUUUGCAAUAACAUAUUAUCGAUUAAAAUUUGUUCUCGCUACUUUAGCGUUUUGCUUUAUCUUUGCCUAAGGCACUACUAUUAUCCCUACUUUACAGAUUAAACACUGACGCUUAGAUACGUUGACACCCAUGCCCCAAAUCACACAACAGAGCUGGGGUUUUACCCUAUCCAUGUCCCCCAGUCUCUAGGAGGCGCAGAGAGCGGCGAGGGCCUCUCGGCCCAUAGGUGGAGCAGUUUGCGGAUCUGGCCGCCGAGCUUCGAGCCUUCAGUGGAAGAGAAGUGCUGGAGGCCGAGCGGCACCUACCCAGCCUGAGCCCCGAUGCAGCGCGCCCUGACCAGCGUCCUGCGCCUAACAAGGCCCUGGAGGCCCCUACAGGCCUGCGGCUGCGCCUCCAAUGGGACCGCCAGGGGCCCGGAGAUUCAAGUGCGCGCCCUGGCGGGUCCGGACCAAGGAAUCGCUGAGAUUCUGAUGAACAGACCACAUGCCCGCAAUGCCCUGGGAAAUGUCUUGGUCGGUGAGCUGCUGGAAGCUCUGGCCCAGCUGCAAGAGGAUCGGCAAGUGCGUGUCCUGAUCUUCAGAAGUGGAGUGAAGGGUGUGUUCUGUGCAGGUGCAGACCUGAAGGAGCGGGAGCAGAUGAGUGAGGCGGAGGUGGGGGUCUUUGUCCAGCGGCUCCGAGGCCUGAUGAAUCAGAUUGCAGCCUUCCCUGCACCCACCAUUGCAGCUAUGGAUGGGUUUGCCUUGGGUGGAGGCCUGGAACUUGCCCUGGCCUGUGACCUCCGAGUAGCAGCACCUUCCUCGGCUGUCAUGGGGCUGAUCGAGACCACCCGAGGGCUCCUCCCAGGAGCAGGAGGGACUCAGAGGCUGCCCCGAUGCCUAGGGGUGGCCCUGGCGAAGGAGCUCAUCUUCACAGGCCGACGGCUGAAUGGGGCGCAGGCGCAGGCCCUGGGGCUGGUGAACCACUCUGUGGCCCAGAAUGAGGAGGGCAACGCCGCCUACCACCGGGCACGAGAACUGGCCCAGGAGAUCCUGCCCCAGGCCCCUAUUGCUGUGCGGCUGGGCAAAGUAGCCAUUGACCGAGGAAUGGAGGUGGACAUUGCAUCAGGGAUGGCCAUUGAAGGGAUAUGCUAUGCCCAGAACAUCCCUACCCGAGACCGGCUAGAGGGCAUGGCAGCCUUCAGGGAGAAGCGGCCCCCCAGAUUUGUGGGCGAGUGACCCCCAUUUAACCGUAAGCAUGAGAGAGAUACGCCUUCAAGUACAGGAUCCAGAAGGAAAAUUUGAAGUGCGGCUGCCCUAUUUUACCUCUCUGCACUUUGGUUUCCUCACAAGGACAAUGAUGGAUAUAAAAUGAUGGUUUUGGUGCCUGGUACUCAAGGUUCUGGCCAUGCCACCUAUUGCUACCUUCAGCAUUCCUCACCCUGGCUAGAUGAUCACUGCGGUCAGGUUUGCUUCAGAGAAUACCUGUCUCUCUAAACGAAUGAUAAACUAAGGAUUAAAAUAGA